AUGCGAUGCCGAGGAUUGGAAUGGGAUGACAUGGGAGUGAAAGUUGACGGCUGGUAUUUACACCAUCUUCGUUUCGCUGAUGACUUCGUUCUUAUAACAUCAAGCAUCAAUCAGGCGGAACGGAUGCUGGCCGAAUUUGAUGAAACGUGUAAGAUCGAUCUUCAGCCGAACCUAGACGAUGUUUGUGAGGAACGGAUGGGUUUCCAUGGAUGUCCCAUUCAAGCUCAACGGAACGAAUAUAUUCGAACACUCCAGCUAUUUAUAUCUAGGUUGGGAAAUCAACAUGAUGAAAGACCUGACCUCCGGGCUGGGCAGGAGGAAACGAGCGGCUUGGGGAGCAUUCAAAAGCAUCGAGGAUUUGGUGAAGAGGACAUCCGGCUCCAUGCUCACCUAUUCAACACCACCAUUCUUCCUGCUUUGACCUACUCUUUAGAGAAGUGGGCGUUUCGUAAGCAGGAGGAAAAUGCGAUCAGCGUCAUGGAACGCGGAAUUGAAGGGGUGAUGCUAUGA